AUGUCGAGAAAGGGAGCUACCGCAGCAGCUGCCUAUGGCACGUCAUUGUGGGGAUUCGCAGUUAUCGGCAUAGGCUUCUUCCUGGCAAAAAGCCAUUUCAAGACCCUUCUUCUAUUCUGCUUUUUUGGCGGAAUCGGCGUCGGGUGGACGUAUCUCGCCGUCAUUAUUAUGGUUGACCAGGAAUUGCCGAAUAGUUCAUUUAUCCCAAACGCUAUUGGGCCUCUUGGGUUUGCAUCCGGCACUUCUGCAAUUGUCGGCCUGGAAAUCUUGUUCAGGCUGAGUAAAUUGGAUGCAGUGGCCUUGGGUAUCAGGGUAGUGAUCAUGGGUGCAAUUUUUGCUUUGGUUGGAAUCAGUACGAUGAUCAUGCUGCCUAGUCAGACAUUGAAACCUGAGGAACAGUCUCCGCCUUGGGUCCCUUUCAGCUCAUCAGAGCUAAUUUUACCAGUCUUGCUCUUCUUCAGCGCAUUGCCCGGCAUGACUGUUCUUUCCGCAGUGCUCCAUUUCUCUUCUUAUUAUGCAGUGAGAUACUGGUCGCAGACAUUGGAAAUUCUACCUAGCGGUAUGCUUUCCCUCGCUGUGGGCUGCAUUCUAGCACCCAUCUUGAGUUCUCAAUUCGGGCCCAGAGCUUUAUUGGUGGCCCUGUCCAGUCUGCAAAGUAUUCUCCUUGUGCUGCUGUCGAGAGCUCAAUCCGCUACAUUGGCCAUGACAGCUUUUUUCGUUGUUUUGUUCAUCCAUGGAAGUGGGCUUAGCAUCCUCCUGGAACUGGCGAAGGACCAUACCGCUCACUCUACUGUGCUUCCCCUCAAAUAUGGUCGAGUUCUUGCCGCCUGGGGUCUUGCCGGUGCUGCUGGAUGUCUCUUGAGCUCGCAGCUUUUGCGUUUGACCGGAGGUGAAGAAAUCCUUGUCUUUGUUAUCGGGAUAGUGUCAUUAUGGUUUGGCGCAACUCUAUACUUUGCGCCAUUUUUCGGAACCAGAUCUCUUGUAUGA